UGAUUUUUGUGACUUUUGACGCAGAAGAGUUCUCAUUGAAGAAUUUCAUUUCCUGAUAGCAUUUGCGAAACAGAAACAUGGGUAAACACAAAAAGAACAAGCAUCAUGGUCACAGCAGCAGCAGCAGUUCAUCCUCAUCCUCAUCAUCUGACAGCUCAGAUAAUGAGUACAAACAUCUCCCCAAACAUGAGAGGAAGAUGAGAAAGAAGAUGAAAAAACAAAUGAAAAAGGGACAUCUGCCAAAAGGAACAGUUCUUCCAGGUGCUCCAGGAUAUCAUGGCGGAGCUCAUGGUCACCAUCAUCCACAACCUGGCUACCCGGCACAACCAGGUUACCCUGCUCAACCAGGAUACGGUGCUCCAGGGAUGGUGCCUGGAGUUGUCCCCCCUCCUGCGCAGGGAAAUUACAGUGCCGGAGGUUUUGCGGCCCCAGGGGCAGCCUAUCCAGCCGCCCCAAAUCCAGCGUAUCCUGGGGGAUACCCUCAAGGGACCGUCCCUCCACCAGCCGGUUAUAACCAGCCAGUUGGUUACCCGGGACAACCAGCAGGUUACCCAGCGCAACCCGGAUACCCUGCCCAGCCUCCACCUGGAGGAUAUCCAAGUGGUGGUACUAGUUAUCCUGCUCAGCCACAUGCUGGUUACCCAGGGCAACAGCCGGCUGCUGGUGGAUACCAAGGGCAACCGCCUGCUGCUGGUGGUUACCCAGGGCAACAGCCAGCAGCCUUCCAAGGUGCAGGUGGCGCGGGGUAUGCCCCUCAGCAGCCUAGCUACCAAGGAGGAGGGGCUCCAUCCUACCCCCAACAGGGACCAGGGGGAAUGGCCCCACAGCAUCAGCCCCCUCAGCAACCUGCUUAUGCAGGAACGGGAGUUCCGGGUGCAACUGCCGGAAUGGGCGCUAUGAAUAUAGCAGGUGGUGCCGGAGGUAAAGGGGAGGUAAAUCGUCCUACUGUUCGGCCAGCCAACCCAUUCUCUGCUGAACAGGAUGCGGAAAUUCUCCGAAAAGCUAUGAAGGGAUUUGGAACUGACGAAAAAGCCAUCAUCAACGUGAUCAGUGCACGUAGCAAUAUGCAGCGUCAACAGAUUCUAACUAUGUUCAAAACAAUGUACGGCAAGGAUUUGAUUGCUGAUCUGAAGUCGGAGCUGAGUGGAGAUCUGGAGGAACUAAUUAUGGCCAUGUUCAAACCAACCACCUACUUUGAUGCCUGGUCACUUCAUAAAGCAAUGACUGGUGUGGGCACUAAAGAAGCAGUUCUCAUAGAAAUUCUCUGCACAAGAACCAAUUCUGAAAUUAAAGAGAUCGUGGAAUGUUACAAGAAACAUUUCGGUCGAUCUCUCGAACACGACAUAACAUCAGAGACAAGCGGACAUUUUAAGCGACUCCUAGUCUCAUGUUGUCAGGGAAACAGGAAUGAGCUUACUCCGGAUCAGCAACAGCGCCUGGCAUACCAGGGUUUGGAGGGAGUCGUAGACAGAGCUCUCGCUCAACAGGACGCCCAAAAACUGUACCAAGCUGGUGAGAAAAUGAUCGGCACUGACGAAUCUGCAUUCCUUACAGUAAUGGCAGUGAGGAACCACUACCAGCUCAGAGCCACCUUUCAGGAGUACCAGAAGAUUUCCGGAAAAGAUAUCCUAAAGUCUGUGAAGAGUGAGUUCUCAGGAGAUGUGGAGGAUGGCUUCAAAGCUUUAGUAAUGACAGCUAUGAAUCGACCAAAGUACUUCGCUGACUUGCUAUAUAAGUCCAUGGCUGGACUCGGCACGAAGGACUCAACCCUGAUUCGGAUCGUCGUGUCCAGAUCCGAGAUUGAUCUGCAGGAUAUUAAGGAGGAGUAUCUUGUCCAUCAUCAGAAAUCUCUCCGCUCUGCCGUUGCCGGAGACACGCGUGGCGACUAUGAAAAGUUGCUUCUCGGACUUAUCGGCAACUAACCGUCUAUAUGAUCGUAGUAUUAAAUCAGAUUUCUCUGAUUGCGACAAUUUCUCUAAUUAUUUCGUUGUGAUUAAAGUUAAUAUUAUAAAUGUAAAAACAAAUUGCAUUUAUGUAUUGAUAUUACGUUAUAACAAAAUGUUAUUAAUGGUUAAAGGGUAGAUAUUCAAUGUUGUAAAAAAGAACGAAAAAAAAUUAAGUUGUUUAUAAUAUUGAAAAAUGAAUGUAGAAAACCUCAUUCGACAUAUCUUUAGAUGUAGAGAAAAGUUAGAAAUUCGUUUUUCUUGUUGUGCUUGAUAAAAUGUUGAUUCUUCUUAUUCCAGGAAGAAUAUUGUGUAUUAUAGUGACCAAUAAAACAGUAUAUAUUUUAUCUGGAUUUUUUCCAGGUUCCAUACGCAAAUCCAGAUUUUUUUUUUUUGUAAUAUGACCUUUGUAAUCCAACACCUGUUUAUAUUGCAAACCUAUUUAAAAUGACCCACGUAUUGUUUGUACAUGAGGUCUAAACUUUGUUCCAAAAAAAUUUCUUAUUUCUAAUCUAUAAACUAGUAUAUAUUCAUGUGAGAAUAUCUGUCUGCAUUAUGCUGCUUUGGUUAUUCAUGGAGCAAUUUUUUCUCUCUUUUGUGCUAUGAAUACGAAGUUGGCAAAAAUGAAGUUUUACAAUACUAAAUUAACCUGUAUAAUAUGGAACCUGUCUGACAAGUUCUGUUAUAGACAGGUUUCAUAAAUUAAACAAGUAUUUAUUAACUUAAUGAAAUUUGUUUAAACUGGAAUUUUUGUUAUUAAAAUUGAAAGUGGUGUGAAAAAGAACUCUCAGAAGUUUAUGCAAUUUAAAGUUUGAUUAAUUCAAUUUUUUUGCAAAAUAUUUGAUAUUUGAGGAUGUGAAGAACUGUUUUUAUCUUUUAGAAAUUUAUUCUAACAAAACUAAAAUUAUUUUGAGGUUGUAGUGUCCAUUUUAACAAAUGUCUAGCACACCUGCAUGGUUAGGUUGUAUUAAGAUUUCAAUUAUUUUUUUUCGUAACAAUAAUUUUCAAAAUUUCAUUUUAAAAUUUUUAUGUGAAUAUUCAUCAAAAUCUUUUAAAAAUAAGGCACCAAGGGACCUUUUAAAUGACUCCCAAGAAUGCUAAACAUAUGGUUGUAUUUUCAUAUUUGAUUGUGUUUAUAUAUACCAAAGGGAAGCAGCUAAUUUUGCAUCUGCAAUGUAUAUCAUCCAUAUCCAAUCCCAUAAAAAUUGAACUGAUACUAGAGGUAAGUUUCAUGUCCAAUGGCGGUCAUGACCUUGAAUGUACAUACACAAUUUAUAUCCGUGUACUAGGAAAGAUAAAACAUGUACAUAUAAUAUAUGUAAUUUUAAAACAAAAGAGUUAAAUAAUGUAAAAACAAUUAGCAACAAACAUUGCACAAAUAAACGCAACUCUACAAAAUGUGUGCCGUUUGAAAAUAAACUAAAUUAAAUUUGAAUAAGUGAAUAAAAUUUAAAAAAAAAUGAUAAUUGAAAAAUAUACACAACAUAUUUUAGUGGUAAUUUUAAUUUAGCCCUUUUUGCACUGUAGGCACUAUGUGAAAUCAUACUUGUGCUUAUUGCAAAUUCUUUGGAUCCUUUCUAUGACAACAAUGUUGGGUUACCAAAUUUAUCUUUUUGCUAGUCUGUUUAAAUUAGUUAUAUGAUAAAAUUUGAGUACACUAAAAUAGUAUAUUUACUGUAGUUAUUUUAGUUAUUUGAUUCAAAUGCCUAUAGUAACAUCUUUUAAAAAGUGCCUUUGUUUCAAUGUAGACUUUUUUGAGACAGAUGGUUGUUAAUCUAUUUAUAGAAAAUGUUUACUUUCACUUUCAAAAUGAUCACAAUAUGCGGUAAUGCUAUCAACAAAUUUUAACAUAUCGUACAAUCUGAAUAUUAUUAUCAAUUAUGAGUCCUGCCUUACGUGAGACAGUGAUUCUUUUAAUAAGUUUUGUGUAGAUCUACAUGUAACUGUUAAAUAUAUUUUAACACAUUUUGAUUAAUGACGUCCAAAUUUUUCCUGCCAUUUCCUAUGAUGCAUUUAUUGAUUUCUGUGCUAUACACAGGCAAUAUUCCUUCACGUGAAUUUCACGUAAAAAGGGCAAAAAAGUGAAAUUCACGUGAAAUUCACGUGAAGAAAUAUUGCCUGUGUACGUAUUGAAUAUUUUGCUUUAUUGAUUUUCUUGUCAAUAAAUUUUGACUUUCACACACUGAAA